AACCCAAAAUGGGACACCAUCACAUGCUUAGUUUGACUUUCAUUUGUUCCAUGCAACAUUUUCAUUAGAACAUACUGUACAGUGUUGUGUGCUUUUCUUUAGCGGGGUGUCGGGGACGUGUUCAAGGGGGCUGCCGUCUGCAGCCUCAAGCAUCGCGAUGUUUGGUAGAGUUGCAAGAAGCUUUUAUGGCUUGCACGCCUGUGAGAGGCGGAGAACCCCGAGAUGCUCAUGACAUCACAGAGAGAUGCUCCUUGAAAUACUUUUUACUGUCGUGACGUGAAGACUUGAGCAGACACGAUGGUGCUGAGUGCGCUGACCCACUUAAAUUGCAAGGUGAAUGUUGAUGACACCAUUGAAAUGUUACCAAAAUCAAGGCGAGCUUUGACCAUUCAAGAGAUUGCGGCAUUGGCACGAUCCUCCCUGCAUGGUAUUUCCCAGGUUGUGAAGGAUCAUGUGACAAAGCCCACAGCCAUGGCACAGGGCAGAGUCGCCCACCUCAUCGAGUGGAAGGGAUGGUGUAAGCCAAUGGAAACACCUGCGGCCCUGGAAUCGGACUUUAAUUCGUAUUCCGAUCUCACCGAGGGAGAGCAGGAGGCGCGCUUUGCUGCUGGUGUUGCAGAACAGUUCGCCAUUGCUGAGGCUAAACUGAGGGCCUGGUCGUCAAUAGAUGGUGACGAUUCCAAUGAUGACUCAUACGAUGAAGAUUUUCUGCCUGCCAACGAGCCUGCUACACAAAGUACAGAUGUGCCAUCAUAUCCGCCCUACUUAAAGGACUUGAUCCACAACCAGCUUUGUCAACACCUGGGCCUGCGUGGGGCGUGCAGCGAGGGAGGGGGCAGCGGGGAGCCGUCUCCCACGGCGGGCUCACCGGACACUCUCCGCUCCAGCCUGUGCAGCCUUGAUGAACACCACCCGCUUCUGCGCGACCUGAGCGUCCACCGCGGAGCCCACGGCAACGCCGCCGAGCUAGCCGCUAAAAUUCUGUCUGCGCUGCAGGGAGGAGAGGAGCUUCUUCUCGCCCGGCUUCAGAGGGUGGGGCGGACGGGGCCCGGCGGGAGGGACUGCGCUUUCCACAGCCUCGGGGGGGGCGGGCACGGCAUCGGACCUCGUGGCGGUCAAGAGUCUCCUGCGUAUUCCGUGUCUUACUCAGAGACAUAUCUGUCCCCUGGGGAGGAUGACGACACCCCCUGCAAAGACUACGAGGCAACCUUGUGCCAGGCGGAGGCCAACGGGGAGGAGUUCCCCCCGGAUUACGAGCCCCGCAGGAGGAUGUCUGACGUGGCCUCCUCAGGAGUCGUUUCGCUUGAUGAGGACGAGGAGGAUGAAGAAACACUUCAGGCGGAGUCAAACCAAUGACUCCUUCACCUCAGUGUCCCGCCUCCCCCCUGCUCUUUGAGGUUCCUUUUUUACGCCUUCUCUCAUGACACCGUUUGAUCCAUAAACUCCUCUUUUUCAUCCGUCUUUGCCUUACUCGGAAUUCCAUUUGAUGUCCCUUAAAGUCAUUCCACGUGUCUUCUGGUUUUUUUUUUCUUUUGUUGCAAGCGUCCAAACAAUCUUUUUUUCCGUGCGUGAGAAGUCGCAUUCUGGACUUGCUACAGUAGCCAUCGCUCAAUUGAAGCUGUGGGUUCGAUACUCGCGCCAUUGCCUGCGCUGAAAACUGCAAAAAGAGAACACAGACAGAAUGACUGAGUUCACCCAAUUUUUUUUUUUUGCAUGUCUUUUGCAAAUGCUGAAAUUAAUGGUUCGAUCUGAGCAAGGUGUGUAAUCUCAUGACCCACCCUAACCCUGGCUCCCCACCCAUAGAUGACCCUAACCCGCCCACUCCCACCUUUGCAAGAGACAAACGAGAGCAUCCUUUUGGCAUGGCUUGCUGAGUAUGCCAAUCUACUUAUUCCUGUCACUACCAAUUAUGAGCAAAUGCUGGAAUGUUUUUACAGUGACAGGACAUAUUAUGAAUUCUAAAAGAAAUAUGAAAAAAAGAUUUGUCUCAAAUAAGAGAGAAAUGAAAUGCUUUUUAUUGUACUAGUUUUCUAUCAGUCAUCAGUUCAUUAUAUCAAAUGUCCUUAUGAUUGAUGGAAUGGAAUUCUGUGGAUUCCUGCAUGGAGGACACAACAACUUUUCUGAUGUCUUAUAAAUACACACAUACGCGCACACACACUGAGCAGCAGUGGCAACAACAAAUACAAAGAGAAUGUUACUUAAGUGACUGCUGGUUGGAAGUGAAGUAGGCUGGCUGAAAACGACAGAAAAGUCUUUUUUCUGUGAAGGCAUGACUUGCUUUGGAGAUUUUUCUAUAUUUUUGUAUACAUUGUCUUGCUUUGAUCUCUAUGCCUAUGCGGCGUGCCAGUGUAUGUGGUUUCUUGCACGAAGCUAUAAUGUGGCUGUACAUUUCUCAUUUCUUUGUUAUCACUGUGUGAUAUCGUCUAUACUGGGUAAAAAAACAAAUGUGAAUAUUUUCAAUUUCAAGAGGAUGCUGAGUCUUUUACCGUUAUCGCCAUUUGUCAUAACGUUACUUUCCAAACAUCUUGAAAUCUGUCCUUUCUUUAAUGACUUCAGAAAAGCUUGGACUUUUUGAUCGAUUCUUUUUGCAUCUUUCUGUGAUUCAUGUGGGAGAUCUGUUCAAGUCCCCCCUGAAGGACUCUCAUUCAUACAACUCAGGAAGUCCCAUCAGACCACAGCAUCAGUGCAUCCCACCAGCAUGCAUCAACGCCACACUCACUUCUCUCCAUUGACUUGUGUGCGCUCGCAGCGUAUCUGUGUUUAUUGGAAAGCCUUGUAUGCUUAGUUUUUAAUUUUGUGAUUAGAAUUAUUUAUAAAUAAUUAAAGCACACACAGAUUUGGAUCCCUUAGCCCCUUUUCAGUUGUUUAGGAAAGCCUCAAUGUGUGAGUGUUUACGUGUGUAAGAAUGUGAAGUAUUGAAAGAUGUCAGCAAGUUCUUCAAGCUUGCACUGUUGAAUCCAAUGAUUCCCUUUAAACAAUGUCUGGCAAUGGAUGUGGAACCUUUACUGGUGCUGGAGAUUAUAAAAUAUUAAGUUUGAAUUAAGUAAAUUAUGUAUAAUGACUGAAUGGUAUAGUACAGGUGGUUCACGUUGCCACAUCUGUGGAUUGAUAGUAAGAGACAGCAACAACUCAGGGGGAAACACUGAAGCUGUGCCUUUCAUUCCUCACCUUUGACCUCCCAAGUUGCACCCUCAUCAUCACUGUCACCCCAGAGAUCCCCAGAAACACCACUUUGCCCUUUUAUUACAGUGCGCCAAAGUAGAAGAAAACAAGGUCAGCUGCCUUGGGAGUUCAGAUUUCCUGUUGGAUCUCGUGCUGCUGUUGGACAGCUGGGCAGCGUUUUGACGUCAUCGCCCUUUUCCAUGACAUUAAAAGUCGGCUGACGCGAGCGAGGCCAGGCUGCGCUUUUGCCCGGACAUGAACGUAACCGCACUGCUGGGCCAUCAUCCUUCUAGCUCUAUUUGUCAACCGUCCAUCACAUCCUUGUCUGUGUGUGUGUAUGUGUGUGACAUUCAGUAUACUGCAUUUUCUGUCUCAUUUGUCUCAUUUAUUAUACAUUAAAAGACUGUCGUGUAUGCUUGACAACUAUUUGUCCUUACAAUGAUAAAAUCAGGAGAACUUUCCCCGACACACACACACACACACGCACACAUGCACACACACAACCACACGGCCAGCUUGACGCCCUCUCUGCUGUCUCUCCCCUGUCAUUUCCUUCUGCCCCACCAUAUCUUUUCCUCCCACACUCCUUGUCUCCGUCCUUUCAUCUUGACUGCCACUUGUUCUUUUCCUCAUCCUCCUCUUCUCCUCCUUCUCCGUCUAGGCCCACAUGAGGCUCAUUGUGGACUUCUAAAUGCUACCUUUGCUGACAGGCAAUUAGCCCGCCAUUUUAAAACCACCUGAUAAAAAAAACUGUAUCUCGGUUUCUCAUGGUUGUCAGUGUGUAUUCCCUUUGUCUUUUUCCUCUUCCUAUUCAAGCAAUUUGUGGGAAAAGUGAUGUUGGGCAUUGAUGUUCCAGAGACAGUCAGAUACAUUACUUUCUUCGAGGGCCCUUCAACCCUGAAAUCCCAGUCCACUGUAGAAACUGAAUGUACAAAAUGAAUAGAGAGGUCCUGAUCCGUGCACAUGGCGGAGCCAUGGAACAGAGACAGAGAAGUUAUUGAAAUCCGAUUGAAUGUACUGUGACAUCUUCAUCCUCUCAGUACAUCACACCUACAACGCCCUCGGAAAUCUCAGCCUCCCCUUUUUUGAAACCACUUUAAUUAUUUGCCUCCUAUUUUGGCUGAAUGUAAUUAAAUAUGAAUAUUGCCACCUUGGAUUUGAUAAUAAUAAUCUUGUUUGCUGCAUCUGACAUAAGUUAAUAAAAGUAUCGUUAUUGUUCUUUGCAAAGAA